ACGUGCACAGCAGCGUGCAUGCUGCGCGGGCACGACGAGUCCGCGGUCACGACAUGUCGGCGGCGGGCUGCGUGGAACCAGCUGCAAACGGCGGAAGAGCGAAGUGCUGCAGUGUCCGGAGCCGGUGGAGGAGCCGCUCGUCCCCCGUCCGCGAGUGGAACCAGUGAACACACUGAAGAUAUGGAGGCUUGAACGGCUACAUUGGAUGAAGGCCACAUCCAGCCAGGAGGAGGCUGAUGGUGGAGCUGAUGCCUCCAAGCCAUGCUCUGCGCUUGGGGAUGGGACAAGGAGAACCUGUCUUUGACCAGAGGAGUACGAAGAGGUGGAGACAAACCACAUGAUGUUCCUUUGAUGGUAAACAACUCGCCGCCUGGGACUCGCACCGAAGCGUCUGCUGAAUUGACUCCAUUCAUGACCCUAUAAAUGAUUUAGCACUUCACCACAUGUGAGCGGACCCGCUCUGUGGAAUUACUGCCUCUCCUUCAUCCAUAAUCCUAAACAUGGCUUCUGAUGUCGGGAGGCUUUUGAAGUGAUCCCCGCGUUCCGUUCCCGCUGAUAAAGAUCUACGUCCGACGCCAAGAUGCGCGCACCUGUGCAGCGAGGAUGCGCGAAGGCGCGUUCCCCGAGAACUGUGCGCUCCAGACGGGGAGGUCCCGCCGGCCUCUGCUGCCUCCACAGCCCCGUCCUUGUGCUCCUGUUCUCCCUGCUUGCACCUGCUCUGUCCAUUCAUAUGGAGGCCAUAGAGAGCCACAGUGAGUUUAGCUGUGAGCCCAUUAGACUGAGAAUGUGCCAGGAUCUGCCUUACAACACCACCUUUAUGCCCAAUCUACUGAACCACUACGACCAGCAGACAGCCGCUCUAGCCAUGGAGCCCUUUCAUCCCAUGGUGAACCUAGUGUGCAGCGACGACCUGAGGAUGUUCCUCUGUGCCCUGUACGCGCCCGUGUGCACCGUGUACGGCCGCGUGUCCAUGCCGUGUCGAUCAAUCUGCCAGCGGGCUCAGGUCGAGUGCCACAAACUCAUGGAGGUGUUCGGAGUAGCCUGGCCAGAUGACAUGGACUGUAGCAGGUUCCCAGAGUGUGACGAGGCCUAUCCUCGCCCAGAAGAUCUGCUCACAGGGUCUGAGCCCACAGACAAGUCGUCCAUGACGGUCCAGAGGGACUACGGUUUCUGGUGCCCCAGGGAGCUCAAGGUUGACCCAGAGCUGGGUUACAGCUUCAUGGGCCGAAAGGACUGCUCUGCCCCCUGUCCCUCCAUGUUCUUCAACCAGCAGGAGCUGACCUUCAUCAGAUACUUCAUCGGCGUCAUCUCCAUCGUCUGUCUGUCUGCGACGCUCUUCACCUUUCUGACGUUUCUCAUCGACGUUACUAGGUUUCGGUACCCUGAGCGUCCAAUCAUCUUCUAUGCUGUGUGCUAUGUUAUGGUGUCUCUGGUGUUUUUCCUGGGCUUCCUGUUGGAGGACAGGGUAGCAUGCAACGCAGCCAGCCCCUCCCAGUUCCGAGCGUCAACCAUAACACAGGGCUCUCACAACAAGGCGUGCACUCUGUUCUUCAUGGUCCUGUAUUUCUUCACUAUGGCCGGCAGCGUUUGGUGGGUCAUACUGACAAUCACUUGGUUCCUGGCUGCUGUGCCUAAAUGGGGCAGCGAGGCCAUUGAGAAGAAAGCCCUCCUCUUCCAUGCCAUUGCCUGGGGUCUCCCAGGGGCCGUGACUGUCACCCUUUUGGCCCUCAACAAAAUUGAAGGCGAUGGGAUCAGUGGAGUGUGCUUCAUAGGGCUGUAUGACAUAGAUGCCCUAAGGUGGUUUGUUCUGGCACCGCUCUGCCUCAAUGUGGCGGUGGGCAUCUCUCUGCUGUUAGUGGGCAUCGUGGCUCUGAACCGCGUGCGCAUGGAAAUCCCGCUCGAGAAGGAGAACCAGACCAAACUGGUCAAGUUCAUGAUCCGAAUGGGCGUGUUCUCAGUGCUCUACCUCGUUCCCUUGUUUACCGUGAUUGGGUGCUACUUUUAUGAACACACCUAUCGGACCAUGUGGGAGAUGACGUGGAUGGAGGAGAACUGCAGACGCUACCACAUCCCCUGCCCAUUCAAGGUGGAGCAGCCCAGUCGGCCAGUUAUGGUUUUGUUCCUCAUUAAAUACCUGAUGAUGCUGGUGGUGGGGAUUCCCUCUGUCUUCUGGGUGGGCAGCAAAAAGACGUGUUUCGAAUGGGCCAGUUUCCUGCAUGGACGCAGACGCAAAGACAGUGGGGUGAAUGAGUCUCGUCAGGUGCUGCAGGAGCAGCCAGACUUUGCACAGUCUCUUCUGCGUGAACCUAACACUCCUGUUAUUAGGAAAUCCAGAGGAACGUCCACUCAGGGUACCUCCACCCACGCCUCCUCCACCCACUUGGCGGUCUUAGACGACCUGGAUGAACCAAUCCGAACGCACCACGGACACCCUGCCUCUACCAGGAGUAAGGCCAGCAGCAUCCACAGCAAGGUCAGCUACCACGGCAGCCUGCGGCGCCCUCGCGACGACAGGAGUGACACCAUGGUUUACAGAGGUCCCGACGAGCGCAGUUUCCAUGGCAGCAUGCCCCGUCUCGACCACCCGCUUUCCGCUCACAGCAGCCUUCUCCAGGUGGACGCUCGCUCGAAGCACGGCAGCCAGCAGGACGUGUCUGAGGCCCCGUCCACACUCAUCAUCCAUGGAACCACCGUAAGCGAGAGCAGAGUCCCAGAGAACGACGGCACCAGCGCCUGAGACCCACAGGAGUUGUCAGGAUGCUGUUGAUGCCUUUUUAAAGGAAGAUUUCCCCCAGCAGAUACACACUCAGCUGUUUAGUGUCAGCAGUGUCGCUGAAGGUGGAGAAUAUAGACGUGAAAGAUGUGCUGGUGAUUUGUUAGUGGCUAAGGAAAGCUAACAGUUCAGUCACUUAAGUGAUAUCUAAUUAAUUCAGAUAGGUUUCACUUUAAGCUGAACAAAUACGUUUACCUAACUAUUUGAAUGUACACGUUUACAAUCAGGCUGAGCCAGAAUCCACCUCCUCAGACUUUGGAGAUGGUGGUGGUGGUGGAUGGUUUACUGGAGCUGUACCGUAAGGAGACGAAUGUUUAGAUUGUACGUGGACCAGGAGGUUGGACCAGUUCGACUCAAAAGCAGUUUGAUCCGUCGUAUGGUGGCAUUUCUUCUAAACAUAAUUUUUGCAGAACCUUUGUGAAUAUUGUUAAAUACAUGAACAUUGCUGAGUAACAAUCUGAAACGCGCUCAUGAGUCUUAACUUCUUCCAGCGCGAUCGCAUUCUGUCUUUAUCUUAAACUGCGGCUCUUUAAUGAACUAUGUUUGUCUUUGUGCAGCUUCAGUGGCUGAAACAUUUGGGCCUAAUGUUAAACUGUGGACCUCUGUGCUGGAAUAUUUUUAUACUGUGAAAAGUGUCUGUCUGCUGAAAGCUUUGCUGUGUGUGUGUUUUUCACCCUGUGGUGAACGGAGAAGCCAAGAGAGGGAACCUUGCGUGACCCAGAAUGUAAAAGAAUUGAGUCAGGAAGACGAUGAGCUUGUGUGGAGUAAAUUAGGCUGAAGUCUGCACCGUGGCAUCAAACUGGUAAAGACAGGACGAGCCAGUGUUUGUUCAAACAUCAGCCGAUGAAUCCUAACCAGAAUAAAACCCUUCAUGUGCAGCCACAGGUGAAGCUUCUGGUCCCAAACCUGCAGGUCCCUGUGUUGAUGUGAUCCUCAGUGCUACUGUCCAUGCUGUGAUUGUACGUGCUCAUGUUGGUCAGACUGCGACGGAUGGACGGAUGCCGGACUAGAAAAAGAAGCGUUAGUCGUCGCGCUUUAUGUUCUGACAUUUAUUUCACAGUUGAUAAGUAAAUACAGGAAGUGAAGUGAAUAUUGUAAAUAUUUUUCUAUGGUUUGCGUUGCGGUUCCAGCCCCUCGAUGCCCAACUAACCUACCUCACCUGCACUGUUAGCCUUCUCUGUACCUGCACACACACACAUUGGGGAGCUCACCUACUCGGUACAUACAGUAGGCGCGGUGCUGAUUUCAAACCACUCGUAGGUUCUGCCUUCCACACCAACACACCAGUAAGUUAUGUAUAACUACUGUAGCUUCUUCUGUUCCCCUCAGUCUACCUCUUCAGUUCACACCUACCUAGACGACUCUCUGGCCUUCCACCGCUGCCUCUCCUCCCGUCCGCGUGUCCACCCCCCUAGGUUUCUGCACCUCUGCUGUACAUAUUUCCCCUUGUGUGAUGACUAAUGUACCUCACACCUGCCUCUCCUGUCAUGUGCCCACACAGAUCCUUCUUUUGGACCUACAGCAACUGUCUGUGAUAUAGCGAGUCGUGAGCGCGUACGAGCAUUAACUGAUGUGCUUUUACUCCUGAGUUUGACUUACUUGCAGUAAAAAAUGCUGCAUCUUUAAAAUCCGUCGCCCACAGACACGAGGAAGAACUGACUCCUGUGUUUAAGUGAACUGCGUAGCUUCAAAACUUUAACGUAAUAUUGUGAACUCUGAACUUGGUUUCUAUUCGUUUGGCUGGUUUUACAUGCAGUCUAAUAAAAUUUUAUAACUGAG